CAAGGCUGGCAGAGGGAGGGCGACUUGGGAAGCAAAACAUGGCGAAAUAACAAGUUUGGCUGGAAGCUGCAGUUUGAAAUUGCACCGUGUCUCUAGCGCUGGACUACAACUUCGUUCAUACAAUUUGGACGCUGGAGAACGAAAGCAUCGUCUAAGUUUAAAUAGUCGAGGGCCCCAGCUUACAAGUAUUACGGUGGCUGGCGAGAACAUAGUGCCUGUCUGUCUGCCUGUGUUUUCCCCGGAAGGUUGGCAGUGCUAGGCGCGACUGUCAACACAGAAAAUGGAUGAAGACGGAAAGUUUAUUCAUGAAAAGACUAUUUAGCCCGCUAGCUUAGCUGCGUUAGCUAGUCAGUUAACGUUAUUGAUCACGCGCACCUGACUCGGUAUUCGGAUUACCGUGCGCCCUGUCCGAAAUUGAGGAAUAUUUUAAGUCGUGGUAACAAGUUUAACAACUGCAGUCGCUAAGAAUCGCAUUUCAAACGAGGCCAUUAUUUUUAUUUUCCGCAGUUAUCCUACAGUAACAAUCUUGGAGGACAUAUAUUCAAGGCAAAUAAUGACAGCCUGACGGUCGGUUCUGGUGCGGUGCGGACGGACCCGGACGCCAUCACAUCAGACGUUGCGUUCUCAUUAAAAACAACCACAUCGUUGCUAAGCCGUAAAUGUUAUUUUAUACUUUAUCAGCCUGACAGGGAAUGUUUCAGUGGCACACCAAAAAAAAUCUGGUAGUUGUUUUUCGGCGACGCGCAUUAUUUUGUUAAGAUUACAUUUGCUGGGAUGUUGUACAGCAGCAGAAACGCGGCGUCUUGUCAAAAUGAACGCAGCAAGGUGUUCAACAACAGUGGAGGUGCAUCGCAUUGAAGACCUGGCAGUCGUUAGAACGGUACCGAUGGCCGGCUAGCGGUGACGUUAACAGUUUGUUGAAAUCUCUUAUUUUAAGUUGAACGUGUUUUGGUCAGGAAUUGCAACCGGCGUUUCUGUAAAACAACUGCGGAUAACAUAGCUCUCGGCCAGAGUUGACGUGAGCUAGCCAGCUGGGUGCGUCUGUGGCAGCUCUAUCUGCGAUGUGUUUGCUAAUCUAACCUGAAGUACUACCUUGUUGUUCCGCUACAGUUUCGGCAUAGUGGAUAGCCCGUUUGUCAUAUUUUGUCUGUAGAUAAGCCCUUUUGAGCUCGUUCCUGCUGCCACUUUAAAUUUCCGCGAGUACUUCUUAUCAAAUAACUGGCUAACUUGUUAGCUAACCCAAGUUUCGCCAGCUAUGUCUGAAAACGCCCCCACACGAAGCCUGGAUGACAUAGACCUCGCAGCUCUGAGGGAUCCAGCAGGAAUCUUUGAGCUCGUUGAGGUUGUCGGCAAUGGGACAUAUGGGCAGGUGUACAAGGGCCGUCACGUGAAGACGGGCCAGCUGGCUGCUAUCAAGGUGAUGGAUGUUACAGAGGAGGAAGAAGAGGAGAUCAAAGCAGAAAUCAACAUGCUGAAGAAAUACAGCCACCACCGCAACAUAGCCACGUACUACGGUGCCUUUGUCAAGAAGAGUCCACCAGGACAUGAUGACCAACUUUGGCUGGUGAUGGAGUUUUGUGGGGCGGGAUCAGUGACAGACCUCGUGAAAAACACUAAGGGCAGCUCUCUGAAGGAGGACUGGAUUGCUUACAUCUGCAGAGAGAUCUUAAGGGGCCUUUCUCACCUCCAUGCCCAUAAAGUUAUUCACAGAGACAUCAAGGGCCAGAACGUGCUCCUAACAGAGAAUGCAGAGGUCAAACUUGUUGAUUUUGGAGUGAGUGCUCAGUUGGACAGGACUGUUGGGCGUAGAAACACCUUCAUUGGCACACCUUACUGGAUGGCACCUGAGGUUAUUGCCUGUGAUGAGAACCCUGACUCCACCUAUGACUACAGGAGUGAUAUCUGGUCCUUGGGGAUCACAGCCAUUGAGAUGGCAGAGGGAGCUCCUCCCUUGUGUGACAUGCACCCGAUGAGAGCCCUCUUCCUGAUUCCCAGGAAUCCCCCUCCUAAACUUAAAUCCAAAAAAUGGUCCAAAAAAUUCAUUGACUUUAUAGAGGGCUGUCUCGUGAAGACGUAUCCCAGCAGACCAUCCACAGAGCAGCUGCUCAAGCAUUCCUUCAUCAGGGACCAGCCCACCGAGCGCCAGGUCCGAAUCCAGCUCAAAGACCAUAUUGACCGCACGCGCAAGAAAAGAGGAGAGAAAGAAGAGACAGAGUAUGAGUACAGUGGUAGUGAUGAAGAGGAUGAAAACCGUGGAGAUGACAGAGAGUCAAGUUCAAUCCUCAAUGUGCCCGGUGAGUCCACCCUGAGGCGGGACUUCCAGCGUCUGCAGCAGGAGAACAAAGAGCGCUCAGAGGCUCACAAGAGGCAGCAGGCCCAACUGGCUGCUCAGCGUAGGGACCCUGAGGAACACAAGAGGCAACUGUUGCAUGACCGACAGAAACGCAUUGAAGAGCAGAAGGAACAGCGUCGCCGACUCGAAGAGCAACAGAGAAAAGAGCGAGAGAUGGUGAGGCAGCAAGAAAAAGGUCCCCAUCGGAGACUUGACGAUAUGAGACGGGAGGAAGAUAGAAGGUUGGCUGAGAGGGAGCAGGAGUUUAUCAGACACAAAUUAGAAGAAGAGCAGCGGCAGUUAGAAAUCCUUCAGCAGCAGUUGCUUCAGGAGCAGGCACUGCUUAUGGAGUAUAAGCGGAAGCAGCUGGAGGAACAGCGUCAGUCAGAGCGGCUGCAGAGGCAGCUGCAGCAGGAGCAUGCCUACCUGGUGUCUCUGCAGCAGCAGCAGCAAGAAAAGAAACCCCAGCUCUACCACUACAACAAAAACCUGGAGCCCAACAACAAACCUACAUGGGCCCGUGAGGUGGAGGAGCGAAGUAAGCUAAACAGACAGGGCUCACCCAAGAUCUGCACCACUGUCUCUGACACUGCCAUCCAGUCACGCUCUGACUCAAUCAGCCAAUCAGGAGUGGUCCAGUCUGCUCAGACCCCACCAAUGCAGAGGCCAGUUGAACCACAGGGGGGGCAGGGAAAGGAUCCUUCCCUUACCCCCACACCCCGCCCUAUCCACUCUAGGGAGCUGGUGCGUCAAAACUCAGACCCCACGUCUGAAACCCCAGCCCCACAGGCACACCAAAUCAGAGAAGAUCGUGGCCCCUGGAUCCGCCUGCCAGAUGUUGAACUCCCACCCAAGAUUCCCCAGAGGACAGCGUCUAUUGCCACAGCUCUCAACACCAACCUCACCUCUGGCAUAAGGCAUCCAGUAAGAGCCAGCAAUCCAGAUCUCAGCCGCAAUGAUCGCUGGGAGAGAGGAGACAGUAUGAACAUCAUAUCCAAUCUGCCCCAGACUGGCUCUCUGGAGAGGCAUCGCAUCCUCAGUUCCUCCAAAAUGGAUUCACCCAUUCUCUCCCAUGAUAGUCGUCAUAAGCCAGGGGAGUCUCGCACCUCCUCCCGCCCGGGGCGCCCUGCUGACCAUGGCCUCUUUGCCAAGGAGCGUGCUGAGGAGCAGCCAAGGCCCCCAGUCAAGGCCAAUGAUUACUCCUCCUCUUCGGAGAGCAGCGAGAGCAGUGAGGAGAGUGAGAGUGGUGAGGGAGCAGAGGAGGAAGAAAGCCCCACAGAUCGUCACAGGGAUGUAGACACCGACUCAGUCAACACCAUGGUGGUUCAUGAAGAUGAAGGUGAGGGGGGAGAGGCAGAGCAAGCUGGAGGCUAUGGGGAUCAGACUAUGCUGGUGCAGAGGACCCCAGAGAAGCGGAGCCAUAAUGGGUACACUAACUUGCCAGAUGUGGUUCAACCCUCUCACUCCCCCACUGAUUCAGCCACUCACUCCUCCCCUGGGAAGGACUCUGUUUAUGAUUAUCAGUCCAGAGGUUUGGUUAAAGCAUCUGGCAAGUCCUCCUUCACCACCUUUGUGGAUCUGGGCAUGUACCAGUCACCAGGAGGUACAGGGGAUAACAUGUCUGUCACUGGCUCCAGGUUUGAACAGCUGAAGAUGGAGGUGAGGAAAGGAUCCAUGGUGAAUGUCAAUCCCACCAACACACGGCCCCCCAAUGACACACCUGAGAUCCGCAAGUACAAGAAGAGGUUCAACUCCGAGAUCCUGUGUGCUGCUCUCUGGGGUGUGAACCUGUUGGUGGGCACAGAGAACGGUCUGAAGCUGCUGGACCGUAGUGGUCAGGGCAAGGUUUACCCCCUCAUCAACUCCCGCAGGUUCCAACAGAUGGACGUCCUAGAGGGCCUCAACCUGCUCAUCACCAUAUCAGGCAAGAAAAACAAGGUGAGGGUCUACUACCUGGCCUGGCUGAGGAACAAGAUCCUCCACAAUGACCCAGAGGUGGAGAAGAAGCAAGGCUGGACCACUGUGGGUGAGAUGGAGGGCUGUGUGCACUACAAAGUGGUGAAAUAUGAGAGGAUAAAGUUCCUGGUGAUUGCUUUGAAGAAUGCGGUGGAAGUGUAUGCUUGGGCGCCUAAACCUUAUCACAAAUUCAUGGCCUUCAAGUCUUUUGCAGACCUGCCACACAGGCCUGUCCUGGUCGAUCUGACGGUGGAGGAGGGUCAGAGGUUGAAGGUCAUCUACGGUUCUUGUGCUGGCUUUCAUGCCAUCGAUGUGGACUCCGGAAACAACUAUGACAUUUAUAUCCCUGUUCAUAUCCAGAGUCAUGUGACACCACACGCAAUUGUGUUCCUGCCCAGCUCAGACGGCAUGGAGAUGCUGCUGUGUUACGAGGACGAGGGUGUCUAUGUCAACACCUAUGGACGCAUCAUCAAGGACGUGGUCCUGCAGUGGGGCGAGAUGCCCACAUCUGUUGCUCAUAUCUGCUCAAAUCAGAUCAUGGGAUGGGGAGAAAAGGCCAUUGAGAUCCGUUCUGUGGAGACUGGCCAUCUGGAUGGUGUCUUCAUGCACAAAAGAGCUCAGAGGCUGAAGUUCCUUUGUGAGAGAAAUGACAAGGUGUUCUUUGCAUCAGUGCGGUCUGGAGGUAGCAGCCAGGUGUACUUCAUGACCUUGAACAGAAACUGCAUCAUGAACUGGUGAAGGAACAGCUGCUCUGGUCAGUGUGUGGGACCCAGCAGGGGUUUGGAGAAGGAAGUGCAUCUGAAAUUCUCACAAAACGCAUGCACACAAAUGUGAGCAGCUCUCUAUCUUUCUCUCCGGCUCGCUCUCACUCAUACACUCAUGCACUCAUGCUCCAGAGAGACACACACACAUACACACACACACACUGUCAUACACACACACACACACACACACUCACAAACCCUCAUAGAGAAACACAGACAAACACAAUCUCUAAAUCCAUUCCAGCCUAUACUCCUUAAGACACAGUUUCUACCGAGGCCCCCUGAUAACACUCUCCCUUAAGUCAUCACAAAAAAUCACUGAAGCUUCAAAUGUUAAUACCAUCUAUUAAUUUGUACUGUAUAUAUUCUUGUCUUGAUUUACUUUACUUGGUGGACCUGUGUUCAGUCGUGAUUAUUUAGUUCCUAAUUGUGAAGUAUGUGAAAAACAUUCCUUGAUGGUUCUACAGUAGGUUUUGAAGAAGGCAUUAUUUACCUAUACUGUAUGUUGAAAUGAAGCUGUAAAUAGGUAGCACCUUACACUUAGAUCUGAAUCAUUUGCAGGCCUCUUAUAUAACCUCUAUUCAGUGUGUUGCCACAUGAACGUCAAAUAAGAAAGUGGUGGAACUUCCACCUGCAGUGGCACGUGGAUCCCCCAUUGCUUUGGGGCUCCCAUGAUUUCAGGGAGGCUCAAAGGAAGGAUUUAGUACAAAACAUAUUACAAAGGGACACUGAAGUCAGGGCAAAGUAGCUUGUUUAAAUAUUUUUAGUUAUCUGUAGUAGACAGCCUGCUUUGACUAACUUUUUCUGGCCUGAAUUGCAAAUGAUGUUGCAACUCUUAAUCACGACAAGUAAGCCUUGAAUGCUUCAAAGGAAAAAUAAAUUUCAGUUUAAAAAGAAAUAAAUUAUACAAACCAAUCAAAAGUCUCAUAAAUGUACAGUACACAUAAUCAGUACUGUGAAAUCUCCUGCUUUGCCUUUAUUUUCUAUGGUUUAAGUGAAACCAUCAGGCUUGUACCUAAACUUUUUGUUUUUCAUAGAUUUACGAAAUACAAAAAAAUUGUUAUUUAUAUGUAGUGAUUCUGUAUUGGUAUUAGCCUACUGGUAUCCUUAAUUUUACUGUAAUUAUAUUGCUGUUAUAUUGCAAUAUAUGCUAUUAUUGUGAAGUCUUUGUUUGAAGAGGGGACUUCAUGUAUUUGGCUGGUAGUGUUAGGGAGUAUGAUGACAAUAUAUGAGGAUGUUGGAGAAACGUGGAAGGAGGGUGUCUCUGAGAUCAUAGUGAUUAAGGGAGUUCACUUUCGGAGGCCUUUCACCCUCCUACCACAGUGAUCUACUCUACUGUAUUAUAUUUCAGUUCUUCGACUAUUUCGCUAGCGUGGAUCUUUUUGUGAGAAGUGUUUGUCCUGGGGAUUGCAGUAGAACAGCUCUUGGUGUGGUACAGUUCAUAUUUGUCUUAGGCCAGUGGAAAGAUUUAAUGUGGGGGUGACUCUGCAAUACCACAGAGGGCUCCGUCUCAUCAGGCACUUUGGAGAACACGGCUGGAACACACAAGACUUAAUAUAUUUUGUAUCUAUACAUUCUGCCAAAGUUCACAGCAUAUUCUGCAACAAGGGUUGAUUACGGUAAUCAAGGCCAAAGGGGAAUGGAGCUUAAAAGUCGACUAUAGAGAUUUGAGAAGAAACUCUUCCUUUUUGAUCACUGGCCAAUGUUCCUUUUAUUAUAUACAUCCAAAACGUCUGCUGGGUAUCAUGCUUUAUUAGCUUUCCUGUAGUUGUUCACUCUGUGUGUUUGUUAGUAGUGGAGAGGUUUUCCCCCUUUUUAGGGGAAUUUGCUGUCUGCUUUGUUUAGGCAGUUGCAUAAAGGAGAUACUGUGUGCUCUCAUACACCAGACAAUACGGUAUGAGUAUGAGGCAGCUUUUCAUGAAGUAGCUUGCUGAUUUUCUGCCAGCAGUGGGUAGGUCAACACAUGAUUCACUUGGUUACAACAACCCCGUGCUGCCACAGCACUUUGUUAUUAACAGGUGAAGACGAGAUGGUUUUUCCUCACUCCUAUCAUGCAUCUUAGCAUGGAGUCGUUUGGAAAAUGUUGACAUUUUUCAACAAGUUAGUUCAUCUGCUCAUAAAUAAACAAGAUAGUCCUUUAUUAAUCCCACAGUGGGGGAAUUUGCAGUGUUACAGCAGCAGUAUGUAGUGUAAAAGUAAGAAGCAUCAGCAAAAAAAGCAUGAUUUAAUAAAUAAUAAGCGAAGCAGACAUCACACAAUUCACAUCAUUGCAUUUAGGAAACACUGAUAUUGCCCAGUUUAGUAUGCAGUGGUAAGACCACCAGUGCUGACAUGUUAAUGUUGAGAGAAUGCAUCAAUAAAUCUUUUGUGAAACUGCUGCAAGUAUGAAAAGCUUUUUGUUAUUAUGAAAGGAAUCUUGGCUCGUGAUCAGAGGGGUAGUCUGCUCAAAGUUGCUUUUUAAGCUAAGGAGGUAUAUUUUAUGCUGUCAAAAAGAAAUCUAUUAAGAAUGCAGUAUAUUGUCAGGGCAGAGAGCGUUUGAUCAAAGAUAAUAUAAAUAGAUUCUUAAAUCUCUGGUGAGAUUAUAAAACAAACUGAAUGGGCAUGGAAAGCACUUUCACUUUAGUAAACAUACAUUUACAGAUAUAUCUCGAGCAGACUUUGGUGUGCAUGUAAGCCAUUGAAAUAGAGUAUAUAGUACUGUAUCAAACUUGUUUUCCCCUUUAGCGAAUGUGUUUUUAUUCUUAGAUAUCUGUUAUGUGCCAUGACCUGCAUUUCAAAUGACAUACUUACAAUCCACCAGGAGCUCUGGCACUCAUGCUUUUUAUGGUCAAACCAUAAUUUUUUAUCAAUCUGCCAUGUUUACAGUUUAAGCAGUGCCUUGGAGUUGGGAAGGCGAGAGGUUUUAAGGAUGGGUUAUGAGCCCCCCCGCCCAUCUCUUACUUGAAAUCACACGAAGAAGAGGCACAACUAUAUUUCUCCCUCAUUAUAAUUUAUGUCCUGUGCCAGUUAAGUGCACUUAAGUCAAAUCCAGAAUAUCCUGUAGAUGGACUUGAAAUGCUUUUUUGGCACCACAUAUAUACACUAAAAUGAUCAACAGACAAUGAUCCAUUCAGAGGGUUGCAAUAACGAAUAAGUUAACACAUGUCCCAUUAAGCCAGUGUAACGUGUAAAGGAUCUACUGACAGUGGGAGCCAGCAUAGAGAAAAGCCAUACGUAUGAAACGUGUUUGUAGAGAAAACUUAGUACCUUUGCACAGCUCAAAUUCAACUCUGUGUGUGAUGUCUGCUCAGAAAACAUAGGUUCUUGCAGCAAAGAUGAGGUAAGCACUUGCUCUUAAAUGAUGGUGAUUGUGUGGUCUUGUAGUGGGGAAACUAGCUUGACAUAUUCUGCGGAGCCUAUUUUAUAAAAUAUGUAAAUUAGUCUAUAUUGAGAAAUUAAAGUGAAUGUACAUCUAUAAGACAGAUUUGUAUUUAUAUAAAAAAAUGUGUACCGCUCUAUUACUCAAAGCACAAUGUAUUUUAGGACCGAGAGAUCAAAGCUAUUAGUGAGUGUAACAGAGAGAUGGAGUUGUUUUAUUUUCCCCCCUCAUUCACUCAGAAGUCGUCGAACUUGUCAGUAUGUAAUCAGUCUAAGUAGGUGGAUGUAGUGAAUCGAGUUGUCAGCUGAGACAGCUAUGGACAGUGUCAAUGACUGCAACACUUCCGUUAUCUAAACAGAAAAAUAAUGUCUGCCUUCUUGUUGAAAGAAGGCUCAGCUGCGGCUGUGAUUCAGACACUUGCAGUGACUCACAGAUUGCUGUUUGGUCUGGCCUCGGGUGUAAAUUGUCACCGUCGGGUCGACAGGUCGUUAAUGUGCUCUGGUGACGACGGGGAUCAUCGCACAUGAUGUGAAGGGCGCAGUGGCCCUUGUGAGGUUAUUGGCUGUUGGCGUGAAUCAAAAAAGGCAGCAUUUAAGUGAAAAGUCAAUCGAUCAAUUAGAGGAGAUCACAGAAAAUAAAGACAAUUAUCAUUUCAUGACAAAUUUAAGUUUUGUGCAUUUUUGUUACCUGGUAUGAAAGUAAAGGGGAAUUCCAUCGAUUUAGUGGGACUCAUGUCCUACAUUACUCACAAUGCAACUCGACUGCAACCAACUUCAACCAACGCUGCCUUAAGUGACAUCACACAAGGCAGACUUCCUACAGUUCCCUCUGGAGCCACAAAAGGCUUCGUACAGCUUUUUUCACGUAUGCUGUAGUACUCCACAAGACCUGGAGACAGACUUUGAUGUGUAAAAUCAGUGGAGUUCUUCUUUAACACACAUGCUUGCGUUGCAUAAUGUCAAAUUUACUUGGAAUACUUAACUGUAUUUCUGCCUCGGCUGUGGUGUGAAAGCUUAGUGUGGCACAUCAAACUGCUUAACUUGCAGUUAAAUAAUAAUUAACAUAAUAAUAAAAUAUCUAAAGUACACAGUGUUACUUUUCAUUAGAAAAACAUAAUGGAAAACACCAUUGCAUCAUAUUUGUUUAAUCAUCUUUAUGGCCUGAUUUGUGUUGACAGUUGUCUUUCUGGAUAGCUUUUCAAGGACAUUAUUUAAACAGACGUGUAUUUUCGGACGACCCUUAUUUUGCAAAUUUAAGAAAAUUGAUUUCAAAGCCAUGUGAUAAAUAUUUCUCUCUAGUUUUUGGGUGAGGUUGAUUGAGGCAGUCCCUUCCAAAAAUGAAGCUUGUUGUCUAAUUUUAUCAGGCAGACAUUCUUACAAUAGGGUGUUUGUUGCACAGAUGAGCAGUUCUGGUCGUUGAUUCCCCUUUUAAAAGCACCUUCAGGUGUAAAAGUGCUAUAUAAUUUUGUGCCAAGAGCCAUUAAAUGACCUGAACCUCACAACACCUAAGUUUUAGGGAAACUUCGCGUCAGUCUGUAAGUAUGAACGCGUUUCACCGCUGAAUUCAUGUAACUCGGCACAAAGUUUGUCAUCAGAAAAAAGGAGGCACCACCGAGUCGUAGGUGGAGCGCGGAAGGUGUAGAACAACGUCCUGAGAGACGGUUGCCCUGACGGAUGGUGACGUCUCUCUUGAAGAAGCAAUACAAGCAUUGAACAAAUGAAAAACGGUGGCAGUGUGACUCGCAGGAGGUGAUGUUCAGUGGCCUUUGGCAGACUGAAUGUAGGCUAGUUUGUGUGUCGCUCGUAACAGAAAUGGUUCUGUACUUUUACUUUUUUCUUUUUGUUAUCACAAGAAAUAACUGCUUCUCUCUGUCAGUUUAACACAAUCACCUGUUGGGAUGCUUGUUCUUGUUGUGCUGUAAUGAAAUCCCACAAACUGCCUUUAUGAACUAUUGAUAAAUAGAUGAUAGAUAAUAUUCUGAUGAGGCACUCUUCUCUCAUAGCCUACAUUUCUAAUCAAUGACGUAUGAAUGGAUCAGCUGCUGUAGCUGGGAGUGAGGCAGAUCAAACUUGGGGAGCUCUAAAACGACGUGGAUCUUUGGACGGAACUACAAUAUCUAUUAUUCUUUUUCAAUAACUUUUUUUUAAAGAGACGGUAAACAUCUUUGCAUCUUUGUUUUAGUGUGUGUGCGCGCGUCUGUGUUACUUGUGAGAGGUUAACUCCAGAUUGUAUUUCAUAGACUGAUAAACUUUAAACUUUCAAAAGAUUGUGUUGAAUGAAUUCAUGUCUUAAUACAGAAUUGUUUGAAAAAUAAAAUACCUUGAUCUC